AUGUUGAACAAUAAAGGCUGGCUUCGACGCCUAAAGUUCCACUUAGACGACGUCCCACAAGACGAACGCAGUCGUACGGUACUACAUCUAGCAGACGACCAAAUGGGCAAGGCACUGGAUGCCGGACUCACUCGCCACACCCCUUUCCGCAGACAACAGAACAACACCUCCUGGCCCAGACCACACUACCAGCCUUCACAGCGAUUUAACCGCGGCAACCGACCCUCCACGUUCUGCACGCCCUAUCGACCCCCGCCGCUUAACGCUGAACCAAGACAAUUCCGGGGAGAUAGAGAGAGUACCGAGGCAGCGAUUAUCAAGGAAGGUAACCACAUUAUUCCUGUCUGCUUUGAUUACACGUAACAUAGUUUACGGUUUUACCCGACGAUUUACCUAGACAACAAACCCAUUAAGGCUCUAGUCGACACACGUGCCACUACGUCGUUGGUUUGGGCAGAUGUAUUAGACGCGUUUGUACGGUGUAGCUCCAUUCGGGCGAUUUUGUCAAUAUCAGUGAGGAAUUGAUGGACGUCAAUGUUAUUUCUAUCGAAGAUAGCACGUAGGUAAAGUGCACCGUCGUCUGGUGACGGGUGAUGUACAAGACGCUAAGUGGCUUAACCUUGCCAGGCAAAGCGGUCACUCACCACAUCUCAAAACAGCAGACGAGUCACCCAAGACCACGUUAGGGACGGUUCGACUGCCCAUCUCCUUUCCAGCCAGCGUUAAGGAACAAGUUUUUGUCGUCACACACAAGAUGUCGUGGGACAUGAUACUCGGACUAGAUUUCCUUUCUGCACAUCACUGUUGUAUUGUGGUCAAAGACCUCAUACUAUCCUUGGGACAUAAUGCAUUGCCUAGUCACCCAACAGCCGCCGAGUUUGACGAAGAAGCCACCUGCGCGGCCAUCGCAGCGUCGGCAGCCUUACCACCCACAAGUAUAGACACGGUCUUACCCCCAGACGAUACAGUCGCUGUAACCAAAAAGGAAGAAUUGAAGUCACUCCUGACUACGUUUGGCGAUGUUUUCGCAUGGGACGAUACCUCCUUAGGUCGCACCGCUGUCAUCCGUCACAGCAUUGACACAGGCGCGUCGAAACCGCUGUGGCAACCACCACGCCGAAUUCCACCACACUUUCAAAAAGGGAUGAGUGAUCUAAUUCAAAUAAUGCUGACCACGGGGAUAAUCCGCCCCUCCAAGUCGCCCUGGGCAUCACCAGCCACAUUAGUGCCAAAAAAGACGGCAAACUCCGGUUUCAUGUAGACUACCGACGACUUAACGCAGUCACCAGUCGCGAUUCCUUUCCACUUCCACGAAUUGAUGUCACCCUCGGGACGCUAGCCCGAGCUCAAUGGUUCUCAACGUUUGACCUCGAGUCGGGUUAUUGGCAAGUAGAGGUUGAACCUAAAGACCGCCCAGCAGCUGCGUUUAUACUACCACAAGGGCUCUUCGAAUUCGAAACCAUGCCGUUCGGGCUAUGCAACGCAGCCGCAACCUUCCAACGACUGAUGCAGUCCGUCCUGGUCCACGUAUACCCUCACAGCUGUUUGAUAUACCUCGACCACGUGAUCGUGUUUGAACACACGGCCAGCAGUCCUCUCCUUUAUGGGUGAUGUCAGCCUACGUUUAAACCCACAGAAAUGCAAGUUUCUGCGCCGCACGGCCCGGCAACAUCACGCAAACCUCGCCGUAGUCCUCUCCGCUCUGCGCCAUGCCGGCCUACGUCUAAACCCACAAAAAUGCAAGUUUCUGUGCCGGAAAGUCACAUUCCUUGGUCACUAAGUCAGCCCACAAGGCGCACAGGAGAAAGUAAAGGCUGUCAGAUCAAGGACCACGUCGAAGACUCCAACAGAAGUCAGAGGCGUUCUCGGCCUAGUACGAGCGGUAGAAUCGAUUCAUCCAUCAGAGCCACAGAGUUCUAUUCACAGUCUUCUCUGUCAAGCUCUUCUUCCAAGGUUGUCAACAUAUGAGUCAAGAAAGCAGACAGCGUAAGAGCAUCUGGUCCAUCAUCACCAGCGCCUAGUUUCAGAGCGUUACGUCAUUUAGGGAAACACACUUCCGUAGAAAAUAAAAAAAGUAACCGACAGAGAAAAAUGUCUUAUUAUUCAGGGGCUCCCUAAACCAAGUGCAAAUACUCCCAAGGAGCGGGUUUCGGAAGACCUAUCACCCUUUCAAGGUCUUCUCAAUAAUAUUUUGGAACGCACAGAGGCUACUGAAGUGAGUAAAGCCUUCCGCCUUGGAGAACGUGCAGAUAAUCCAUUCAGUGUCGAUUCGUCCCUGGCCUCUUAAACUUGUGCUAGCCAGCAGCGAACAAGCCGGUCUCAUUCACCCCAGGCGAUUUAGGAUUUAAGGCUCCAAACCCAGGUGUUUUUUUCAAACGGAUUACUCGUCAGCGGAACGGCUGAAACGUCGUCAACCAGUUCUAGAACUUAGCAAGAGGCUCAGCGAGGGGGAGGACAAUUUAGUUGUAUACAACACCCAAGUACGGGGGCGUCCGUCACUCUUUCUUUGGGCAGGUCCGGUCCGAAUGACUGCUCAGCCGACAUAUUAAGUGAAGGCGCUAGCCAAACUGUAUCCACAUCUUCCGUCAGCCGGAAAUUGAAAUUCUUCUACACCAACGUGCAGAGUUUGCUAUCAAAGUUCGACGAGCUGAAGAUCAACCUCUGCGAUCUAUCCUCUUCAUAGAGGCGGGCUUCUGAAACUGAGGCGCCAUUUUUUGUUUUUUCCCUCCAAUCACGUGAACACUUAUUAAUCGCAUACCCCAGGCUUAUUCCUUUGCUUUAAUUGAUCUAUUCCUAUGAGGUCGUCUUUACAGUACGCGAGUCCCUUUUUAAAGGAUCUUAAACCCUGCGAAAUUUCUGCAUCGAUUUUUCCGCCUCCUGAUCAUGACUCUAGUUGUUGCACUUUGUGGCCAAUUUGUCGUUUCUGCGAUUGUCCUGCGUUGGCGUUAUCACGCUUCCAAACGCAACGUACUCACCGUGCCAGCAGCAGUUACACUCUGACAACUUGUCCUGUUUCUCGUCCUUCCUCGUUGGCCUUCCCACGCUCGUAUCAGCAAAGGCCAAUAUUUCUAAAGCAACAUCGCUGUGGAUGGCAAGUUGCGCUUAAACGCCAGCCUAAAAACAAGUUGUCAAUCCCGGGUUUUCUUCCGACUAACUGUCAAUCGAUAUUUAACAAAGCCCAUGAUUUGGAAUUACUUCUGUCAACCAAAGAACAUGGCAAAACAGGAGUAAUUUGCCUUCAGGAGACGUGGUUGAAUAGCCAUAUUGACUCGGAACUAAUCACUCCUUCGUCAUUUUGUUGUUUUCGAAAUGAUAGACCAUCUCCAACAGGCAGUAGAGGUGGAGGAGUGGCCAUUUUGUCAAUCAAGACUGGUGUAUAAAUUGUAAGCCCCUGUUUUCAUAUUCUGGUGAUUAAAUUGAUGUCAUUGCUGUUAUCUGUAAGCCCUAUUUGUUAAAUAGUUUUAAGGAUAUCAUAUUUGUCAGUAUUUACAUCCCCACUUCCACAAAUGAAGGCUCUCUGGGCCGUUUUUUGACUUCCUCACACAAGAACCUGCUUCAUUAUCCUCAGACCAUCUUAUUCUUUUGUGCAGUGAUUUUAACCGUGUGAGCUUUCGGCCCAUUACCCUUCUGGGUUUUGAUGACCUUGUUUCAUUCAAUACACGGGCUGAUGCCCCUCUUGAUCACAUCUUGACCAAUUACCCAAAGCUUUUUUGUAUUAAAAAUAGAGCUCCACUCUCCGGGUCUGAUCACUCAGUGCUACUAGGACUUCCAAAAGUCUAUUCCACCUCUAAGCGUCAACUGCUUACAAAACCCGAGAGGAAAAUUACUGUUCGAGACACAUCCGUAGAUAAGAUCCACUUACUGCAGAGUUCAAUUACUAGUACCAUCCCAACUUUUCUAGCACUACAAAAUUCUGAAUUAUGCUCUAAUUAUCUUACGUUAUUUUUGAAUCACAUUUUUGAUAUUUGUUGUCCCCGUGAAACUGUUAUGGUCAGGCUUGACAGAAUCUCCUCACCAUACCUUAAACACUUGAGACGUCGCAAAGAAGACUUCUACAAACUAGGUCAGCGUGACAAGGUGAAGGAUAUCAAUGUUUUAAUAAAGAACGAAAUUGCCAGACUUGACGGUUUAUUCGUUAGUCAACUUUUUUCUACUUCAUCCACCCCCUCCUCUCCUUUUCCUUCUGCUGAACUGUGGAGGAAUCUCAAGCGUCUCACUGGUCAACAUAAUAUACUUGAACCCAUUGAUGUAGAUUUAAACUCUUUAAAUCGAAAUUUUAUCUGUACUUCUAACGACUCCCAUUCUCGCCAAAACGAAAUUUACCUACCACCAUGCGACUUUACUCCUGUGACAACAGUGGAACAACAUCUCAGAAAGGUUCGCGGGUCAACGGCGGCUGGGCCGGACGGUGUCUCUCCUUUCCUCCUUAAGUCUUGCUGUUCGCAGAUAGCUCCCGUCUUGACCCACCUUAUUGAUCCAAGAUUCCUGACGCCUGGCGUACAGUAAGAAUUACUCCAAUCCCUAAAAAAUCUUUAACUUUUGCUCCUAAAUCUUUCCGUCCUAUUGCCUGCUCUUCCGUACUCCUGAAACUUACUGAACGAGAUGCAUUAGAUUCCCUUAAGUACUCCUCCGUCAAUUUUUCUGAUCCUCUACAAUUUGCAUACAAGGCAAAGCGUAGCACCUUGAAUGCUGUUGCUCUAGUUGUUCAUUCAGCUUUGAGAGACUUAGACAAGGGAUGCCGUGCAUAUGCAUGUGCUUUUCUCGACUACUCAUCCGCCUUCAACACUAUUCCGCGCCAACUCCUCCUGACCAAAGCAGCUGCGUGUGACGCUCCGAACUGGGUUGUCUCUUGGCUUAGAGAUUAUUUUUCCUUCCACACAGUUUGUCCAGUCGGGAAAAAGAAAAUCUUCUAUUCUUCCAAAUAACUGUGGAGUUUUACAAGGUUCCAUCUUAUCCCCUCAUCUUUUCUCUCUACAUACUAAUGAUUUGAGAUCGCCAAACGACUGCCUGUAUGGUAAGUAUGCCGAUGACAUGGUCGUAGGCCACCCACUCAAAAACCUGACUCACCUACGGUCUUUAAAGGAUGGCUUAGAUCACGUCUCCGCAUGGUCCUUAAUCUGGCGAUUCAUAGAUGGCUGUAUUCUUCCACUCAUUCUUUAUUGUUCUCUAGUUAUUUUUCCAGCUUUACUUAAAAAAGAUCUUAUUAUUUUUAAACGUGUCAUUCGAAUGCUCGCCUCUGCUGCUGGUGUUUCCUAUCAUAUUUUAGUUGAUAUCAUCGUGCAGCGACACUUCAAUACGGUGGAGCAAUUUGCUGACCGAAUUCUGAAUGACACCGUCCAUCCCCUUCAUAAUGAGUUAAUGGCUGCGAAAUCCUUACGCCCUAUGCGUCGAUGCUUCCGCCACAUCCCUUGUCGCACUUCGGUUUAUCAGAAUUCCAUACUGCCAUUUCUAGCCUGGUACCUCACCUGCAAAGAUGCUGAAAAACAAAAGCUAAAACUCGAUCUUGCACCUUAAAGUCCUUUUUUCUUCAUAUAUAAUUAUGCCCAUCCGUCCAAUAACUGUUAAUCUCUAUGGUAAUCACUGUGUACUGGAGAACCAAUUUUGGUGAAAGUUUUGAAUGUUAUUUUCAAAAUAAGGCAUUCCUCUCUCUCUCAAAACAGAAACCUGGUUCACCCAACACGUGGACGACCGCGAGUUGGCCUUGCCUGGCUACCCGAUGUUUAGAAGGGAUAGGGACGGGCGUCAGGGAGGUGUAAUCACGCAUGUGAAAAAUGGGAUAAAGGUACCAGACAAAAACGAUAAAUUUUCGAGCAGUUCUGAGGCAAUCUGGCUGUCUAUUAAAGUGCCGAGCUCGCCUAGCCUCGAUGUCCUGACAGUUUAUCGACCGCCGAGACGGGACAACAUGGCCGACGCUCGCCUGCUGGAGGAGCACGAAAAGUUCGCUACGCGACCGGAUAUCCUGAUCAGGGACGACUUUACCGUGCCUGGUAUUGACUGGAGCACGACCCAUGCAAAUAGCUCAGAACAGACCCUCGAUGGGAGUGUUCUGAACACGACACUGAAGUUAUUUCUCACUCGCCAACUGCCUUGA